GGCGUGAUGACGAAAGUGACGCAGACAGUCGGUGUGUUAGGAGCUGAAGGAAGCCCUGCGCGGCGCACUACGUAGGGGCUAGCUCCGCCUCGGCCAAGUUGGUGUUUACGAGGACACUAGCUGGUUCUGUCGGAGGACAGUGGGACACUCUGAGAGAAAGCAAGCCGCUGACUGAGCGCUCUCAAGUGGGGAGGAUGCUGGUGGUGGAGGUGGAGAACGGCCGCUCCCUGGUGUGGGGCGCCGAGGCGGUGCAGGCGCUGCGGGAGCGCCUGGGAGUCGGGGGCCGCACGGUGGGCGCCCUGCCGCGCGGGCCGCGCCAGAACUCGCGCCUGGGCCUCCCGCUGCUGCUCAUGCCCGAAGAGGCGCGGCUCCUGGCCGAGAUCGGCGCCGUGACCCUGGUCAGCGUCCCGCGCCCCGACCCCGCCCGCCACGGCCUCGCUCUGGCAUCCUUCAAACGCCAGCAAGAGCAGAGCUUCCAGGAGCAAAGUGCCUUGGCAGCCGAGGCCCGUGAGACCCGGCGUCAGGAGCUGCUGGAGAAGAUUUCAGAGGGGCAGGCUGCCAAGAAGCAGAAGCUGGAACAGAAUUCGGGGUCCUGCGAGAGCCAGCAGGCCCCCGGGAGCCAGGUUGCUGAAGGGAACGAGACUGGAGAUAGCCAGGCUUCGGGGGAGCAGGAGGAAGCAGUUUCCUCCUCUCCCCAGCCAGGGCUUUCUGAUGGGGUAGACCCCCUGCCCAGAUCUGCCCUGCUGGUCCAGCUGGCCACUGCCAGGCCUCGACCUGUUAAGGCUAAGCCUCUGGACUGGCGCGUCCAGUCCAAAGACUGGCCCCAUGCUGGCCGUCCUGCUCAUGAGUUGCGCUACAGGAUCUACAAAGACUUGUGGGAGAGAGGCUUCUUCCUAAGUGCUGCUGGCAAGUUCGGGGGUGACUUCCUCGUCUAUCCUGCCUCUGAAACCCCCAGGACAGAGAGCACUUGGGAGUUCCCGUAGAAGAGUUUCGUUACAAGGCCCUGGGUUCUAAUCCUCAACACACACACACAUACACACACACACAAAAGAACAAUUUAGUGACUUAUUAAAUACUUCCUAUAACCCAGGGGAGUCACUCAGAAAUAUUUAGAAAUAUGCACAAAACACCUAAGAAUAUUCAUUCUGAGGGGCUGAGGCUGUAGCUCAAUGGCAGAGCACUUGUCUAGCAUAUGUGAGACACUGGGUUCAAUCCUUAGUAUCACAUAAAAAUAAAUGAAUAAAAUAAAGGCAUGCUGUCCAUCUACAACUACAAAAAAAUUAAAAAGAAUAUUCAUCGUAUUGAAGAAGUAAAAAACAGCCCCCCAAAUUAAUAGUUACACAUAACAGGUGGUUGUCAGAGGGACGUAGCAUUAGUUAUCAGAGAUUGAUGUAGGUCCACGUAUGCUUAUGACCAGCAGUUGUUGUAGAAAGUGUUUGUGGUAAGUUGUGUAUUUGUAUAAAUACAUCGACACAUACAUAUCACUUAAAUAACCUUGAAAACUG